UCCUCCUUCAUUCCUCUUCGAUCAGCCUCAGCCUCUCCAUUUUCUUCUCUGGCUUUCAUUUUCUUCUCCAUUUCUCCCUUUUCUUCCUCUUUCCCUAUUCCCCCAGCUCGCAAUCGGGAGCCGGGGAGCUCUCGAUCCAUCGAGCCAACCGCGACAUUAUGCCUUUCUCAAAAACCAAAUAAACUAAACGAGUAAUUAGUUCAAUUUAGGAUCAAUCAGUUACAGAAAUGGAUUUAGCAGCGCAGCUGAAGCGGGGAAUAUCGAGGCAAUUCUCAACUGGAUCGUUGAGAAGAAGCGGGAAAUUCAGUUUUGGGCGGCAGAAUUCGAUGGAUCCCAGGCGGAAUAAUUUGCGCUUCAGUUUCGGACGCCAAUCUUCGCUUGAUCCGAUCAGGAGAAGUCCGACGAGCGAGGACGGCUUGUCUGUGCCGGAGAAUUUGGACUCCACAAUGCAGCUUUUGUUCUUGGCUUGUAAAGGAGAUGUCGAGGGCCUGCAGGAUUUGUUGGAUCAAGGGGUUGAUGUUAACAGUAUUGAUUUGGAUGGCAGGACUGCUCUGCAUAUUGCUGCUUGCGAAGGACAUGUGGAUGUUGUCAAGCUUUUGUUGAGUCGAAAGGCUAAUAUUGAUGCCCGUGAUCGAUGGGGCAGCACGGCUGCUGCAGAUGCCAAAUACUAUGGGAACAUUGAAGUUUACAAUGUUUUGAAGGCCCGUGGAGCCAAAGCUCCGAAAACCAGAAAGACACCAAUGACUGUUUCUAAUCCUCGGGAAGUUCCAGAGUAUGAGCUCAAUCCCAUGGAUAUUCAAAUCCGGAGAAGUGAUGGUAUCUCUAAGGGAUCAUAUCAAGUAGCAAAAUGGAAUGGCACAAAAGUUUCAGUUAAGAUACUUGACAAGGAUAGCCAUUCAGACCCUGAAAUAAUAAAUGCUUUCAGACAUGAGUUGACGUUGUUAGAAAAGGUUCGGCAUCCCAAUGUUGUUCAGUUUGUUGGGGCUGUCACACAAGAAAUACCCAUGAUGAUACUUCUAGAGUAUCACAAAAUUGAUGAUCUUCCUUCGUUUACCCAAGUCAAUGACAAGGAUCACACCAUUACUAAGUUGAUGGUAGGGCAAUUCUCUAAUGUUCAGAAAGCAAAUUGGAUAUUUCUCAACUCCUUUGACAAGCUGGAAUAUGAGAUGUAUGGCAAACUGGGGUUCGAGUCAAGGGCCAAUGACAAGGGAAUUGUUACUAGAGAAGAAAUUUCAAUGUCCAUAAAGGCAGUUACUGAGGUCGAGAGCGCAAAGGAAUUCAGAAGAAAUGCUAAGACGUGGAAGGAGUUGGAACAACAGGAUACAUCCCAGGGUGGAAGUUCUCACAAGAACAUCGAAGAGUUUCUUGCACAAGUUUUAAGCAUCUAA